AGCCGGGCGGCCAUCUUGGCUCGUCCGGGAGCGGCGGAGGGGCGGGGGGCAGGCCGGCGGGCAGGCCGGCGGGCGGGCACCCAGCUUCCCCAUCCCGGCCGCGGCUGGCGGGGUGCCGGCCUUCUCGGAGCCUGGGGCGGGCGAGUAUAGGCGAGCCGGGAUGCGAGCGGUGGCCCGGUGAAGCGGGGCCGCGGCGGGGGACGGAGAGGGAAGCCCGCUCGGCAGCGGGCCCGUGCUAGCCGCUGUUCCCCGGCUGCAGCGGAGAGCGGCCGGCGAGAAGAGCCGGGCUGCGCGGCGCCCCGCUGCCGCCGCCUCAUCCCCGCCCGCCCGCCCUGCCUCUCCCCCCCGCGGAGCCGCUCCCUCGCCGCCUCCUUCCCCUCGGCUGCAUCCCUCCCCGCUGGAUGAGGCGGCCCGUUCCCCGCUGCUGACCCCCGCGGACCCCGGCCUGGCUGUAGGAUGAGCCCGGAGGACUCGGAAGGGGCGAAGCAGCUCCGCUCCCUGAGGGGGAUCUAGCUCGGGCGCGGGGCGCCGCCGGAGGGCGGGGGGCACCGAAGCGACGCCGCCCCCCGCCGGCUCCCUCGUCCUUCAUGGUGGCUCCUUGCGACCACCCUCUCCGAGCAGACGUCCCGGGGGCCCGUCCGUGUGUCUGUCCGUGCCGCCGUCGCGGGCAGCGCGGCCGCCUGAGUGAAGUAAAAUGUCCACUCGGACUCCAUUGCCCACGGUGAACGAGCGCGACACCGAGAACGAUGUCGGCCCAUCAUUGGGGGAAGGCUUUUGCGAAAAGCACACGUCCCAUGGAGAUGGACGCCAGGAAGUUUCCUCUCGAACUGGGCGCUCUGGAGCUCGCUGCAGGAACUCUAUAGCUUCCUGUGCAGAUGAGCAGCCACAUAUUGGAAAUUACAGACUCCUUAAAACGAUUGGAAAGGGGAAUUUUGCAAAAGUAAAGCUGGCAAGGCACAUCCUAACCGGCAGAGAGGUUGCCAUAAAAAUAAUUGACAAAACACAGCUGAACCCAACUAGUCUACAAAAGCUCUUUAGAGAAGUAAGAAUAAUGAAGAUUUUAAAUCAUCCAAAUAUAGUGAAGCUAUUCGAAGUUAUUGAAACUGAAAAAACUCUCUAUUUAAUAAUGGAAUAUGCAAGUGGGGGGGAAGUGUUUGACUAUCUGGUUGCACAUGGAAGAAUGAAGGAAAAGGAGGCUAGAGCUAAAUUUAGACAGAUAGUAUCUGCAGUGCAGUAUUGCCAUCAAAAGCAUAUUGUUCAUAGAGAUCUCAAGGCUGAAAACCUAUUGCUAGAUGCAGAUAUGAACAUUAAAAUAGCUGACUUUGGUUUUAGUAAUGAGUUUACAGUUGGAAAUAAACUGGACACCUUUUGUGGCAGCCCACCAUAUGCUGCUCCAGAGCUCUUUCAAGGGAAAAAAUAUGAUGGACCUGAAGUAGAUGUUUGGAGUUUAGGUGUUAUUCUUUAUACACUUGUGAGCGGAUCUCUUCCUUUUGAUGGACAGAACUUAAAGGAACUUAGAGAGAGAGUGCUACGGGGAAAAUACAGGAUUCCUUUUUACAUGUCCACAGACUGUGAAAACCUCCUCAAACGUUUCCUGGUGCUAAACCCAACAAAAAGAGGCACUCUAGAGCAAAUUAUGAAGGACAGGUGGAUCAAUGCAGGGCACGAGGAGGAUGAACUUAAACCUUUUGUGGAACCAGAACUAGACAUCUCGGACCAGAAAAGAAUAGAUAUUAUGGUAGGAAUGGGAUAUUCUCAAGAAGAAAUUCAAGAAUCCCUUAGUAAAAUGAAGUAUGAUGAAAUCACAGCCACAUACUUACUGCUAGGAAGGAAAUCAUCAGAGUUGGAUGCAAGUGAUUCAAGCUCCAGCAGCAAUCUUUCACUUGCCAAAGUUAGGCCAAGUAGUGAUCUUAAUAAUAGCACUGGACAAUCUCCUCAUCACAAAGUUCAGAGAAGCAUAUCUUCUAGCCAGAAACAGCGGCGGUACAGUGAUCACGCUGGACCAUCCAUCCCCUCAGUAGUGGCAUAUCCCAAAAGAAGCCAGACUAGUACCACAGACAGUGACCUCAAAGAAGAAGGAGUUCCAUCAAGAAAAUCCAGCAGUAGUGCUGUUGCAGGAAGAGGAAUUGCACCAGCUAGUCCAAUGCUUGGAAAUGCCAGCAAUCCCAAUAAGGCUGAUAUUCCUGAACGUAAGAAAAGUUCGGCUGUUCCUAGUCUUCUCAGUCGUUCCUGGAAAAUUGACCGCCAACUUGGGCAUAUCUCCACCCUCUUUCUCUGUAAAGACAGAGGCAAAAAUAAUACUGCCCCCGGAGCAAUGACACGGCGCAACACAUAUGUUUGUAGUGAAAGAACCACUGCUGAUAGGCAUUCAGUGAUACAAAAUGGCAAGGAGAACAGCCUGACAGAAAUGUUCGCUUACGCAGCUAGCCCUGCUUCAGUUUGCACUACAUCCUUCUCCAGUGUUCGGCUGCGACAUCAGAAGUCGAUGUCCAUGUCAGCCUCUGUGCACACGAAGAUGAUGUUGCCUCCAAUAGACAAUGGCGCAGAUAACUUCAGGCCUAUCACUAUUCCCGAUCAAAGAACUCCUGUUGCUUCAACUCACAGCAUUAGCAGUGCGACCACCCCUGAUCGGAUCCGUUUCCCCAGAGGAACGGCCAGUCGGAGCACGUUCCAUGGCCAGCUCAGAGAGCGACGUACUGCUACCUACAAUGGGCCACCAGCCUCUCCCAGUCUGUCCCAUGAAGCCACACCACUCUCACAGACUCGAACCAGGGGUUCAACUAAUCUAUUUAGCAAACUAACUUCAAAACUAACAAGAAGAAACAUGUCAUUCAGGUUUAUCAAAAGGCUCCCGACUGAAUAUGAGAGGAACGGGAGAUUUGAGGGCUCAAGCCGCAAUGUAGCUGUGGAUCAGAAGGACGAGAACAAGGAAGCCAAGCCUCGGUCGCUGCGUUUUACCUGGAGCAUGAAAACCACCAGCUCCAUGGAUCCCAAUGACAUGAUGAGGGAAAUCCGGAAGGUCCUGGAUGCCAAUAAUUGUGACUAUGAACAAAGAGAGCGUUUCUUGCUUUUCUGUGUCCAUGGAGAUGGGCACGCGGAAAACCUUGUACAGUGGGAGAUGGAGGUCUGUAAACUGCCAAGACUGUCCCUGAAUGGAGUUCGCUUUAAGCGGAUAUCGGGAACAUCCAUAGCUUUUAAAAACAUUGCUUCCAAAAUUGCCAAUGAAUUAAAGCUGUAACAAGAAAAAUAGUUAAGUUGUAAAUUAGUUAGCAAUUUCAAGUGUUUUUGAGAAUUCCGAUGGAAAUGUAUAGAAUAACAUUUAGGCAAUAACUUCUGCAUCCUUCUGAAUAGUGAUAUUAAAAAAAAAAAAGCUGCUGAGCUGGGAGGGAGAGUUGGACUUUUUUAUAAGUGCACUACAGCAUUAAAGUUGCCUACUAUGUAAAAUAUUACCCCUUCUGCUUUAUUUCCAUUGCUCCUAAGUCUUUGACAACAAAUUGAAACACAGAAUAUAUUCAUUUAACUGUGCCUCCUGUUUGUGUGGACGUGUGAAUGUACAGUAUGUGUGUAUAAUAUAUAAAGUAUUAUAUGUAAACAAUUCAUUUACAACAUCGAGCUGUACCAGUACCUCUUUUUGGGCUAAUUUUGGUGCUAAAAAUUGAAAUGGCCAAGGAGGAGACACUUGAGUUAAUAUUUAAAAUAACUGAAGCGAUAACCAGUAAAUGCAGGUUUACAGUUCACUGCUUUGUUAAGGAAAAAAAAAGUGUGUGAAGGGUUUGGAUUUACGGUUGUGAACAUUAUUAGUCCUGUUUUCUAAGUAGAUCUCAUGAGAUUAUUAAAAAUUCACUUUUACUGAGUAA